GACAGAAAUAGGCGGGUAUGUGUCACGUGAUCACAGUCGGCAUAUGAGUAUGCGCAGGUUAGUGUUUUGUCUGUUGUAAACUCCGCACGCGGUCCAGAAGGAUUGCCUCACGCGGACCAUCUGUGCACAGGCAAAGUGGUACGCGCCUGAACCAGUUCAAACGGAGACUUCAGCUCUGUCUUCUGUAGGGGCGCAGAAGGCUGCUGUUUCGUUGCAGCCCGAGUGGCACGGUGAAUGUGCGCCGAGUACUAGAGCGGUGCUAUAGCACGUCUCACGAUUGCGGGUGUUCAGAAUCGUUUGUUGCCAUGGGACUCGCAGGGAAUCUCAAAAUUCCUACCAGCUCAAAGUGGUAACGGAUCUGGGAAAGAGUCGAGGCCAUCGUGGAGUGUGCAUGGGGUCGCGAGGCUUUGCGGAGAAGCCUGAGGCGGCCGCGCAGGGGCGCGCGAUGGAGGUGUACGAGCCCCCCUUUCAGGUCGGAAGCUGGGGUCGAUGGUUGAGAACACAAGGAAGUGUCAUUCGUAAGUGGCUUUUUUGCCUUUUCCUCCACAUGCGCUAACCCUCGGGAGCAUCCGUUCUGUCAAAUCUGAGAGGCAGCUGCUUAGUGUAUGUGGAUUAUUGGACGGGAUAUACGCGCUGUAACAACACAGGGCAGCUAGCCUGAUUGCGAGUGGAAGCUGUUUCGCAGAUGGCCUCUCACACGCUGCAUGGAGACUUUUCAUUUCCUUUUCGUUUCAAAGUUCGAGUGGUGUGGACCAACGCGGGGUUCAAGAGUGAGGUUCGAUGUGGAAUGAGUUCCUGCGUGCCGCAUUUUGCCUCGGAUUUCCGGCAAUUGAGGUAUGCGGGCUCAGUCAAUCCGCGUUCACCAUGACAUCGCAUGUUUUCUGCGACAAAAAAAGGGCUCCCAGGGCGGGUGCCUUUGCGUUGCUUUGAGCCCACAUUAAAUCUUUUUUCCCUGUCAUGCCUCUGAAGACCUAGUUUCGUUGACAUUCGUGGCAAACUUGACAUUUUCCGCCUUGUCAGAUCGACACCGGCUGGGCUCCGGCGCAUGCCACGCCGCCGCGUUUUUCUCAUGUAAAACUCUGAAAGAGAGAGUCUUUUCCCUCCUCGGCUUUCUAAGUCUUCUUCCUUUUCCACACCUCGCCGUCUAGAUUCGCGACUGAUUCUCGUUGCCAGCGUGAUGGGGUUCUCAAUUGGAGAUGUUGUGGCCGUCUACGGUCACAAAGCCCAUAUUCGCUAUGUCGGCCCUCUGCCACCGAAUCCCUUCGGCAAGAAGCAGAAGGUCAGUCAAACAGGUUUCGGUGUGGAGUUCUCGGAUCGGAAACUCGGCGAUAACGACGGCUCUGUGGAUGGCAAGCAAUACUUCAAAUGCAAACUCGGCAUGGGUUUGUUCGUCACAGAGAACCGAGCCCGCCCAUACGAUGAAAAGGACUGCUCAGCCACGCAACUCCAGGCGGCAUGGCGGAGCUACCGAGCUCGUCAGGCUUUUCAGGAUGCAGCGGCAUUCAACUUCUGGAACGAGCUGGACGCGUUUGAAGAGAAGGAUGCCCUCGUAAAAAACAGAGAUGUCGGAACCCCGACUCUGAACACGAUCAAAAAGCAAAUUCACGAACAGAGCAUGGUCGACACACUCGAGGAAACAAACGAACGAGAUCAAGCUUCUUAUCUUGCAGUUCCCGGCACGGACGCCAACAGAGGUUCCGCGCCUCCUCGCAGCCGGCGGCGCUCUUCAACUCGGCGAAGCUUCGGGCGGAGCAGUGUCGACGCUUCUUCGAUUUCAGCAGAAAACAUCCCCGAUGAUUACGCAGGCCCGCGAGUCAAGUGGCCUAUCACUCGCGAGUUCUGUCUCGACCUCGUUGACCACUACAGAGACAAUCCAGAUGUUCCCCUCCCACGAAAGUAUGCGUUGGAGUUAAUCAUGGCCAUCACAGACCACUACCGGGAAACGAUGAAGGGAGCAGUUGUCGAGGUGGAAAUCCCCAAGAAAGGUGGAUCGCGACUUGUGCUUGUCGGAGACACGCACGGCCAACUCAACGACGUCCUCUGGAUCUUCUACAAGUUCGGGCCUCCGUCGGCAACGAACGUGUACCUGUUCAACGGAGACAUUGCAGAUCGCGGGCGUUACGCCGUGGAGAUUUUCAUGAUGUUGUUUGCAUUCAAACUCCAGUGUCCGUCGAGUGUGGUGAUAAAUCGCGGGAACCACGAGAGCGCCGACAUGAACGAGGUGUACGGCUUCGCCCAGGAAGUCCGGCAAAAGUACGGCGGCUUCAUGUAUCAGAAGUUUCAAGAGGUCUUCCACCUUCUCCCGCUCUGCGUGGUAAUGGAGAAGCGCGUCUUCGUCGUCCACGGCGGUCUCUGCAGAAAAGACAACGUCACUCUGCAGCAUAUCGACCGACUCAACCGACAGCGCCCGUGCCCCGCAUGUCCCCACUCGUUCGAAGACACUCUGAUGUUUGAUCUUCUCUGGUCGGAUCCACAACACGAGAGUGGCAGAGGCUGGAGCACGCGCGGCGCGGACUGCAUUGCCUUCGGACCCGACAUCACCGACGCUUUCCUGACCAAGAACAACUUGGAAGUCUGCAUUCGAUCUCACCAGGUUCCGACAAACCUGCGCGGGUUCGAGCCCGUCCACGAUGGCCGCUGCGUCACUCUCUUUUCCGCUUCUAACUACUGUGGCACCACAGGCAAUUUCGGUGGCGUUAUUAUUUUCGAGGCGAACCUUUCAUUUGAAAUCCAGGAGUACAUGGCGCCGUCUCUGGAAGAAAUCCAAAUGCUGCACAGCGAGACCUGCGCGGCGACGCAGAAGGUGUUUCUCCAGACAAGAAUUAAAUAUCUGGAAAUGCAGGCGAAACGGCAGCACCGGCGAACAGCUGCGGCGCGCAUGAACGAGCAGAUCAUUGAAAAAAUCUGCAAAAUGAUUUGCGAGAAAAAAACGGACCUCUGGUGGUGUUUUUUCAACAUGGGCGCCGAAAGCGGGCGUGUGACUCCUGCGCAGUGGAGAGAGGCUUGCGCGAAUGUCCUCGGACGCAACUUCCCGUGGGUGUACCUCAUGAAGCGACUGCACGUAGUCGAGGAAGACGGCUACGUCUACUACAACGAGUUUCUCAAUCGGUACCGAGUCGAGUUCCGACCUCCCAAGUGCAAACAUCUGAACUGGCGGCGCGAGUGCAUAGCGCGAGUUUUCGAGUCAAUCAUGAGCGCAGAUUUGAGUCUGAAGGAAACGCUGAUGCUCUUCGACCGCAACUGCGACGGGACUGUUUCGUUCAGGGAAUUCAACGAACUCAUCACAGAACUUGAUGUUGGUCUCAGUGAGCCUCAAGUUCGAAUUCUCAUGCGACUGAUCACGGCGAGUCCGGCCUUCAAUGCAGCAGCUGGCAGCAUUGACGUCGCAGAAUUCCUCGGCCGCUUCCGAGUUGUCUAUUCUCACGUUAUCAACGACGACAAGAGAAGUGUGCCGUGGCUGCAGCGGGCGCUGCACUGCAUUGGCAAGGCGAUCUUGGCGGACAAGGCAGAGGCGGCGAAUCGGCACUACGAGCAGCAGAGACAAGAUGGAAACCUGGGACCGGAUUUGAACACUCGCAGACGCUCCUCCGCAGUUCGCGCGGUUGCUCUCUUUCAGAAAUUCAAAGAUUACAACGAGGGAGGCGACGGUUACUUGUCGUACGCGGACUUUGUGACGGGAAUCAAGCGUCUGACAAUCGAUGAAGAAGAGUUAGGUUUUGCUCUCACAGACGAGCACCUCUACAAGGUCGCAGAGGCAGUUGAUACGACGGGGUCGAAGCGCAUCAAUUACUUGGAGUUUCUUCAGGCCUUCCAUGUCGUGGACAGCAAUUCCAACAACAGUGCUGCAGAAGAGUUGUGGGGGCAGAUCUGCACGGCGAUCUUCCAGCAUAAGAGCAGCAUUCGUCGCGCGCUUCACCAGUUCGAUCCGGACAUGACUGGAAAAGUGGACUCCGAGGACUUCCGCUCGGCUCUCGUGACUGUCAACACAGUGCUGUCGCGAACAGAGGCGCCUCUGACGGAGGAACAGAUUGACCAACUUGUGAACACGAUGGAUUUAAACAACGAGGGCAUGGUGGAGUACGAGGAAUUUCUGGAUUCCUUUUCUCCAGUGGAUACUUUCUUUUUGCAGCCUGGAGGCGAAGACGAGCCUAGCAAGACUUCGAAUGGUCCUCAGAACGGGAAAGAGACCCUGGAGGAAACAGACGCGAGUCCGACAGACAACGAAGUCGCGUCGAACUCGAGGCGAUUCACCCUGUCGAGCACCUUGUCGCAAUCAGCGUAAAACGCUGAAAAAGUGUGAUAUAAGCCAUCCUGCUGAACUUCCCAAAACGGCGAAAGCGAUGUGGAUAUAGAGAGGAAACGGCUACGCGAGAGGAGCGAAGAAGUCGGGGAAGGCGGCUCAGAGCGCCGCCUCGCGAGUCCUCACUGGUGGAGACAAAUGCAGACUAUAUGCACGCUAGAACUUUUGAAAAAUGGAAAUUCAAGAAGUGGGAUAGCGUGUUAGUAGCAGGUCGAAUGGUGGAAGAGGAGUUGAUGUCGGACACUUUCUCUAGAGUACAGAGAAUCGAGUUCCGUACAUCCCAAUCUGAGGAGAAAGACAUCGACAGAGACAAACGGAGAAAGGGGGCGCUGCGGAGACCACAGAAUCCCCCUUGCUUUGGAAGCGGGCAUAUGCAGUGGGGGUUUCCCCUCGGGGAAAGAAAAUGUCGUUGCAGACGAGGGAAGGGCCGAACUGGAAGCGUUAAGCCCGAAAAAACAAGAGAGGAAACAAAGGAAGAGACAAAAGGAGUGAGGUGUGGAAAUUGAGAAGAAAGUCGGCACAUGAAACGCGAUGGCAUGCAACGGCAGACAGUGGACUAGAAAUGGGGAAUCCAAACACAAAGAUUGAGCACUUAUGGUACCGAACAGCGCGAGUGCAGGUGAACUUCCAGGAUACUGGAUAUGACUCCAGUUAUGAGGUGCAGACGGUGGGGAAAUGAAGUGGAAGGAUGAGCUAAUGCUCAGGACCAACGGCCCUUUCAUUCGCUCCGUUGAAGGGAACCGAGUGAACAUGUGUGGCUUUGAAAAGUGUCGGGAACACAGGACUGUCAGCACUGAAGGGUGUCGAAGAAUGUGACCGGACUCUGGAAGCUGUCUCAGAAGUGGAUCUGAGAAGGCGGAGGCAGUUUUUUGCCCGCAUUUCUGCUUCGAAUUCAUUGUUUCUUGGCUGCUAUGGACGAAGCGUGGAGGACCAAGCCCGGAGAAGAAAACAGGGGGCAAAACCGUGUUGUGUACACGCACGAUUUUGUAUGUUGUUGCGUUCUGGAGGGGGAGGGGUGAGGAACAUGAGCGUGGAACGCUGCCUCCCCCAUCCACUUUUUCACGGCAGCAUACUCUCCAAACACUCUUGCCGUUUACCAAGUGUCUGACAGACGUUUCCGAAAAAAUCUUCAGGUUGUGUGCGUCACUGGUCUCUGGUCAUGUCGGCACUGGAGAGCGAGAGCAAAGGCAAAAGACCGCAGGACUCAGUGUUUCCUUAUUGUCCACUGUUUCUCGUUGUACACAGUGUGUCACAACGUGUACCGCAUGGCGUUUCUGCGUGCAAACACUUUUUCUCAAGCAAGAGCACUUUAUCGUGUCGUUUCCGUCAAAGCCCGUUGGUCCUCAAGGUGGUGUCUGCUGCAGCCUGUCUGCGAUGUCUUUCUCCUUUUUAAUCAAUGCCCCGAUCCACGCCUGGCGAGACCGGCACCGGAAAGUUACGGGAG